AGAAWUCCAAGAUGGCGGGCGUUCUGUUUGAGGAUAUUUUUGAUGUGAARGACAUCGACCCAGAAGGCAAGAAAUUCGACAGAGUGUCCAGACUUCACUGCGAGAGUGAAAGUUUCAAGAUGGACCUCGUUCUGGAUGUUAACAAUCAAGUUUAUCCUGUCGAGCUUGGUGAUAAGUUUCGAUUAGUUUUAGCGAGUACAUUAAAAGAAGAUGGAACCCCAGACGAUGGYGAAUUYAAUCCUACAGACACAACUCCCUCUAGAGCAGAUCAGUUUGAAUAUGUUAUGUAYGGUAAAGUCUACAGAAUCGAGGGUGAUGAAGGCCCYGARCCAGCAACAAGACUAGCAGCAUAUGUGUCAUAUGGAGGGUUAUUAAUGAGAUUACAAGGAGAUGCUAAUAAUUUACAUGGCAUUGAAGCAGAUGAUCAUCUUUAUUUACUAAUGAAGAAACUGGCUUUUUAGGUUUUUGUAUGGUAUAUUUUUUAUCUUAUUCACUGUUGUAUAUAAAAAAGAAAUUCACUGACAUGUUAAAUGUAACUAGUACAAUUACGUUCACUGAUAGAAGAAGAAAUUCACUGACAUGUUAAAUGYAACAAUUAUGUUAAAUAUAAAAACCAUAGACUGUCUACCAGAAAAGACAUCUAACAAGUAAAUAAAUGAUGUGAUUUAAUAUUUAA